CCGCGUGUGAGUCAAAACUCCCUUAGUUGCCUUCAGUUUAUUAGUAAUUUCACCGUCCACUAUAUCCUAGACUCAGAAGAUCAGCAAUUUUCAGGAAGAGGAGUUUAUCAUCACACCACCAUGAGAGUAUAGACCAUGUAUUUUGUAUAGACCCUGUGCUUUUAGCUGCUGAAGUGCAGGCACUUUGUUCGAAACCAGUGUAAUGGCGGUGAUCGGCGAACGGCACACCCGUCAAAUCAUGGCAUUUCACGGCGCUGUAGCAUCACAACACGCCAUUCUUGCUGCUGCUACAGUUCCCUACUACCAACCGGUCGUUCCUGCUCGAGACGCCCAGCCAGACAGACCCAUAGGAUACGGUGCUUUUGGGGUAGUUUGGUCGGUGACAGAUCCAAGGGAUGGAAAGCGUGUUGCGCUAAAAAAGAUGCCGAAUGUCUUCCAGAAUUUAAUAUCAUGUAAACGAGUGUAUCGGGAAUUAAAGAUGCUCUGCCAUUUCAAGCAUGACAAUGUGUUAUCAGCUCUGGAUAUCUUACAACCUCCACACAUAGACUUCUUCCAAGAAAUCUAUGUGGUAACGGAGCUGAUGCAAAGUGACCUGCACAAGAUCAUCGUCUCGCCACAGCCUCUCACGUCAGAUCACGUCAAGGUCUUCUUAUAUCAAAUACUCAGAGGCCUCAAAUAUCUUCAUUCAGCCAGGGUCAUUCAUCGAGACAUCAAGCCGGGAAAUUUACUAGUCAAUAGCAACUGUGUUUUAAAGAUCUGUGACUUCGGUCUCGCCAGAAUAGAGGAACCUGACGAAUCUCGCCACAUGACUCAAGAGGUUGUGACGCAAUACUACCGGGCGCCCGAGAUCCUCAUGGGCGCCAAACAUUAUACCUCUGCAAUAGAUAUCUGGUCGGUGGGAUGUAUAUUUGCUGAAUUAUUAGGGAGACGAAUCUUAUUCCAAGCACAGAGUCCUAUACAACAGCUUGAUCUGAUCACGGACUUACUUGGCACCCCGCCCCUUGAGGACAUGAGGACGGCGUGUCCCGGGGCGAAGGCACACAUCCUCCGACAACCACACAAGCAACCCUCCAUGGCAGCACUCUACACGUUAUCAAAUCAGGCCACUCAUGAGGCCGUGCAUUUACUUUGUCGAAUGAUGGUUUUUGAUCCCGAGAAGCGCAUCACAGCGAUCGACGCGUUGGCACAUCCUUACUUAGAAGAAGGACGAUUACGAUAUCAUUCGUGUAUGUGUAAAUGCUGCCAGAAUACCUCAGCGGGCCGCCAGUAUUGUGCUGAGUUUGAAUCUAUAUGCACCCAUCCAUUUAGUUACGCUUUUGAAGACGAUUUAACGUCUGUACAGCGUGUCAGAGAAAAACUGCAUAAAUUCAUUCUGGAACAACAGCAAACCAGUCGAAUACCGCUGUGCAUCAAUCCACAAUCAGCAGCCUUCAAAAGCUUCUCCAGCUCCUCCGUUGCCCAAGCGUCCGAAUUGCCUCCCUCACCCCAUUUAUGGGAGUGACGAUAGUCGAAAGAGAGUCGUGAUAGCGUCUCAGCCCUCCUGUCGAAAUCAUAGGUAAUUUUAUGCAUUGUGCCAUUCCGAAGUGACAGCAAGCCUUCAUUGUCAUGGAGACUCUACUGUUGUAUUGUUGUGCCUCUUGAAGAAUUGAACAUUAUUCAGGUGAUUCCUGAUCGAUGUGGCCAUUCUUACUGAACUAUUCCAAGCUUGAGAUUACCUACUUCAAAUGACUGUUUCUGUGAUAAUAAAGGACUUUUCAAAAAGAAUAUCCAAGAGAGAUACGAUGCAUGAGGGACGAUUGUACGAUCACAACACUCAAUAAUGUUCAGUUCUUCACCUGUUUAUGCUAGCUGCUUGAACCAUGUUAUUGUGGGUAUUCUUGUGUCAAGAACCAUGAUGUACGUGCUGGCAACAAAGGGGUCAUUCUCACUGCGACACACAUGCAUUUAAACAGUGAGGUCAGCUGUUUGUAUACAAACAGGAGCCAGUAGGGACUGACACGGGUGGUUCUUGUCUGUCUUGACUGAAGUUCUAAAGCCAUCUGGUGACUGAUCAUGGUGAGGGGAUUCAACACUUGAUAACAGCACUGAUUUCAGUCCUUACUGGAUUCUGAUGAAUCGAGGCGAUAUCAAAGCCAGCAGAAUCAAAUUCAAAUUGUUUGCCAAGAUGGUCAUCGGUGUCUGACCCUUGUCUCAAGGCGUCUCAUCAUAACUGUCACCCUCCAUCACAAAACAAUCACAUUGUUGAGAUAUUCAUAUGGAAAAAAUGGAGGAAAAGGACUGUGAAAAUUCUAAUAUUUUCCAUUAAAAUUCAACCAGAAAACUAUGUGAAAUCAGUAUCCGAUUGUUUGCGUAACGGUGUAUUGGCAUUCUCUCACAAACUUAAGAGACUGUUACCAUGCAUAAACGCGUGAUGUUUUGUGAUGGAGGGUGCUAACAGGAACCAUAAGGUACCUGUACUUCACCAUGUAAUGUGCCUGUGGUUAUAGUUAUGGUUAAGGGGUUUGUAGCUCAGUGUUGAUUAACUUAAACAGGUAUUGUCGUUGCCCAGACAAGUCAGAGUUAGAUUGCUACUGCAGUCACUAACCUGUGAUCUGCCUGGAACAAGACUUUUAAAAAUGAUCAAAAUGAGACUAACAGACCAUAAUACUUGAGUUGAGGAUGCAAACUCCCUCAUUUACGACACCUGCGGUGGCUUGCUCAGUACAAUGCGGUGCUCAUAUCACAAGACAAGACAUCACACGUCGUGUCUUCACAUUAAUCAGUUACUACAAGGCAUUGAUUGGUUAAUGUGACAUCAUUCAAACUGUACAUAGGAGAAUCAGAAUGAGAAGUUUACUUGUGCUAUUCGUUACGACGAAUCUAACAACAAAUUCAUAUAAUUUUUUACCAAGAAGCGAACAUUUGUGAACUGAGCAUUUAGGACAUGUAUUUUUAUCAUUACUUUCACAUUCAUAUCAAACUAUUCGCCAGAACUGAUUCAUGUAGUCUUAUGUUUGUGUGAUUCAAUCUAGUGGCCUUGACCUUCUCAGAAUAGAGGCAGACGUACUCCCUGUGAGAGCAGACGCUGUAUAUUUGGGCCAAUGUGUCACUAUGUUGACACUUGAUGAAAAUUGGAAGGUACUCCAGAUUGAGCGUCAUGCUCUCAUAGCUGAACAUAUCAAAGAUGCAAGCUCAUCUCGUUGAAACACUAGUCUACCCUACUUUUGUCUGCUCUCUCGUCUCCAUGAUGUUGACCUGUGCCUCUAUUAUGUGAGGGUCAUCAACGGCAGUAUAUGCUAGAUAUCUAGUCUGACUGACUUAUGUAUGAAUACCAUAAUAUCAGUUGUCUGAAAACAUAAUGGUGGACACUCCCUGUUACUGUACAAAUGCCUUUACAUCAACAAGGUCUAUUUAUUUUUUAAGUUAUUUUGUUUUUAUCACAAACCACUGCUUGUACCACUUUGUAAAUAUGCUGCCUUGUCAGACGUUGAAUGAGUAUUUUUGUGGCGUUAGGCUGAAAAGGUUUCGAGGCAAAAUCUGAAGCUUCUAAAUCUUCCUCAAAGGAACAGAAGUGGCAAGUGAUUUGGAACGGCUGGCCUCGAGUGAGGUCAACUGCAUAAGAUGACAUCUUACAGUUCAAUCUGAAGUUAAAGAAAUCAAAAUUAAUGAUCUCCUGUUGUUGAGCAGAUUCGAGUUCUGUAGAUGGUGAGGUUUGAUAUCCUGACCAAAGCUGUGUUGAGGUAGACGACUUCUCAGUUUAAGAUCGAAGGAUAAAUCUGUUAGAAGUUGAUCGGUCAUCUCUCAUCCACAAAUCAGAGGUGGACACUUCAUGAUGUCGUGACGUGGAAACAUGAUCAUCAGAUUGACCAGAAGACCAUGAAAAUCGUCUGUCACGCCGUUACAAAUGUCGACUUGCGUGGGAGUUAGCGGCUUGAUUUCACGCCCAGAAUCGUCCAUGCGAUCUUUCAGUGGUAGUUUGAAUCUUAACGUCUGCUCCAAUUUGCGCAUGCACACUGGCGCGUCAGGAUUUCAAAACGCAAUGUUUCAGAAACCUUUUAUACUUUUUUUAUACAUUUUUAUGUGAUUUGUGGUUGUUGGCUCAGUGCGUGUAGGAUGUGUAAGCUAUGUGGAUUAUGCACCUUAGUAGUUCAUUGUAAAUGUACCAGUGUAGAUCUCAAAUUCUGUGCACGUUUCCAAUUCCAGUCUUAUAGAUAGUAAUUUUGUUGUAAGAUAUUGUGACCAGGUCUUGUAUUUUCAAAGAUCAAUUGGAGUAUUGUUGAGCAAGCUUGUUGAUAGGCCUACUGUCAGUGACAUCAUGUGACAUUUUGACUGUGUGUCAGGAUGGAUCCUGAGCUUGAUCAGUUUCUUGGACUUCAGAUGCUAUAAAUGAGACAGUUUCAAUUAUUUCAUGUUACUUUUUUCAAUGUAAUCUGAUUUACAUUUUGAGAGUUUGUCUCAGGGUUCAGUCCCAUGGAAACUAAUAGUGUUCCGUGAAAACCUAUCAGCAAGCUUUAGUAUCAAACUAGGUCAACGUGUUUAAAAAUUUCAUCUCAAAAUAGAGAAGUUCGCAGGAAGUGUUAAUCAGUCAGUUAAAUAUAGGUCUCUUAUCAUGUACUGAUUGACUUGUGUUUGUAAGAUAACAAAUUAUGGUUGAGAGUUUGUCAACGAAAGAAGAAAAAAAUCAAAUUUUUGAAUAUUUCAUACUUGGCCAAAAAUGUGUUCAAAAAAACUAACAAAAUAAACCACUGGAGGAUAUGAUGUCAAGAAGUAGUGUUCAAAAAAGUCAACAAUUCUGAGUGUAUAUAGGUAGCUGGUCACAAUUAGGUUUCCUAUUAUUAGAUACUUUAUUUGGUGCUAGGGUGUCACAAAGCACAUUAUUAUUAUGUGUUUGGUUCAUAUCUCAGCAGACACCUUGUUGUUAUUGAGGGAAGGGGCUUGGAGGUGGGUGCUCGACGUGUGUACAGAUUUAAGCGAGCAGCUCUUUUCAUGGUCAUGUGUACAGAAUAGCCUUGCCAUUUGAUGAUGACUCAUUUUGCCGAAAUACUUUGGUAACAGAUGAACAGUACAGUUAACCCUUUCAUUCAGAUUACCAAGACUAUCAAUAUCAACGUCUGCUUCAACAUAUCUAUUUGGAGUUUUCAUCAAUCGCCAGCUUUGGCGCUUCAGAAUGUGUAUGUCGUCUGUGGAGGGUUAAUUGUGCUCAACUGAAUCUCGAGAGGCUUGUCCUAGUCAUUCUUUGUAAAUACGUCCAAGUCUUGAGUUUUCAACUCGGGUCACUUUGGUCUCGGGGAAGCCAUUGCAAAAAACUUUCUGCAGCUAUUUCAAAUAGAACUUAUUUUCUGGGGGUCUAAAGACGGUUUUGAAAGCGUUAAUAUAUCAGUGACAAAACAUUUGAAAUCGGGGAAUCAAGUCAGUUCUAGACUGUUGUAAGGACACUCCCCCCGACUAAUCUUUUUCACAAACAUUGACAUCAAGAUGAUGCCAACAAACUUCUGUUCUAGAUGUUGUUUUGUAGCAGACAUUAUCUUAAAGUUCUCGUUAUGUUAGUUUUUGUUUUGAAAUGAAUGACCUUGACGUUGUGUCAGUCACUUCUUCCUGUCUUGUUUUCGAUUCAUUGUGAUCACAUUUUAGUUAUCUUGGUCAUCCCGGGUGUGUUAUGUUUGGGUUUAAGUUUGAUCAUCUUGCACUCUCUCUGUGACACUAUGUUGUAAUGUCACUUUGCAACGCAUAAACUAGGACUUUGUGGAAGGUUAUGCCGGGGAGGCCACAUCGGAUAGAUAUUGCAAAAUGAAAACCUGAUGGUGUAUCAGCCAACAUAUUCACCUCAUUGAGAUUAGCAAGUUUUGUUGAAAGUGGCUGAAUUUCGAAGAGUUGUGGAGUUGACCUCUGUUGAUUUCGACGUCAUGGCAGACAUGAUGUCAGACACAUCAAAGGCAAACUCCACAACUCUUCCUUUAAAUUUCAUUGAUUUUCAAAGCUAGGCCCAGGGGUUGGCCUUGGGGUUGUCCCUUGUCGUUGUUUGUGUGAUGCAAUGAUUAAUAUAUAUCAGACAGGUCCCUUCAAAUUGGCAAGGCUAUCAAAUCAUUGUAAAUGUACCACUUGUUCUCACCAAAUCAUUGUCAUUUUGGAUCACCAUUCCAACGUCAAAUCAGUGUACAUAGUGAUAUUAUUAUAUUUCCAUGUAAGGGUUGUUGUCAUCAUUGUAGUUAGAACUGUCAUCUUUUAUACAGCGUUUUAAGGCAGUGAGAUGUCACUGUUUUAACCCAAGUGAGAACUGAAUGUAUUUUACUGCUUUUACUGAAUGAAAUACCCUCAAUUCAUCAUGUAAUGGUAUCAUGAAGAUAUGCGAUUCAUACUUGUAUGUGCUUCUGUAAUGAGAAACAGGGCUCCAGUACCUGGGUUUGAAAACAGGAACGAUAUGAAGAACUAACUGUUUAUUGCUUUUUGUCCCCUAUAUCAUCAAUUUCCUGUACUUGGGCUCGCUUGAUUCAAGAAUGAAAUAGCCAUAAGUUACAACAAGAUGGGUUGUCAAACUAAAUUGAUCUCAUUUCUGCGCCAAAUCAAGUUGUGGUAUUUCCAACUUGAUGUGUUGACUUCAAUUUUUCUCACAAUGGUAUGUUUUCUGAUGCGUUGCUUUAACUUUCCCUUAAAUGUGAUCACGACGCGUGUCCAAAAAUGUUUUAUGAUGCAAUAAGGGAUGAGCUCAGUCAGGGACAGCGCCACUUCAUGCAAGUUCAGCCUAUAUCGGGUACAGUUUCAUUUCAGAUAAAACAUACAGGCUGCAGAAUCACAAACUGAUCAUUUUCUGAAAAGUGUGUAUUUGCGCAAUCCCUGGCUGUGCUUGUUCUCAAGAAUCGCUGUACAGAAUCGAUAUAUUUUUAAGUGCUUCCCUUGUGGUCUUCAGCACUAGCAUUUUAUACAAAGGAAAGGUGUUCAAUCUCGUAACGGUCUUGAGAUGCACGCAGUUUGGUUCUUCAAUCGUAGAUUGGCUUGUGAUCUCCCUCUGGUGAGAUGAUGAGGAACUAAUCUAACCAUUUCUUAAGUAAUCAACACCAGUAAGACCAAGUUGCCUGAUCAAGUUUGUCACCAUCUUUAUGCUAAAGGACGAUAACUUGCGACCCAUGAUUAGUUGUAUCUGUAGGUGACUCUCCUGUGUACCAUGUUUCAGUGGAUUUGAACCAUACUGAUUGCAUCCCAAGAUCAUCCCUGACAUUGCGAGUAAGUCUCCUCUCUAUCAUGUCUCCACUCUCAUUGUCCUGCGGUAAACAGAGAUGAGAGCCAAGUCGGCCACAGCUUUCAACAAGUGUUUGUAUAUAAUGUCCCUGUGUUGCCAAGAGCUCUUAUUUCUGCAUGGAUCUCAACAAUGUUCAUUUUCAUGGUCGCACAAAAGGAUUGAGGCACUAAAGGAUUUUGACUUCCUAUUGAAAUAAGCCAAUUCCUACUUGUCUCAACAGUUAAACUAAGAUCAUCUUCAAUUCAGUGGUUUCAGCCCCAUCUCUCAGAUGGUCAAGAUUGUACCACACAGUGCUUUAUUUCCUUCCUAACAAGUAUUGUUUUAUACAUUCCCAUGUCUUGCUCACAAAGCAAGAAUGCUCGAUUCAUGUUCUCUCCAACCACUGCCAACUCAUGAAUCUAAGUGUCGUCUGCUCUCACCUCAUUUGAAUAUUUGUGUAAACAAAGGACUGCUGGGUAUUUCAAGCAUCAUGUUUUGGUUUAGACAAAAUGCCACCAGUCCUUUGGGGGGUAAUUUAUUGUUUUACUAGACGUCUCUUUAUUGCAAGAAAAGAGGAGGGUUGAUCUUGAUAUUUAUGUUCAGCUGCAAUGUAUCAUUGCCACUGACGACAUGUCUUUUUGUCUCAUGCUCGAUAAGCCCAGUAUUGUCAUGGUUUCCACCUGUAUUUAUAGCCAUAAACCACCUGGACUACACGUUCUCCCCAUGUUUUAUAUGAUCGUAUGGUCUUGUAUGUAAAUGUAUCAUUUGAAAGGUUUAUCAAUAAAAUUCUU